AUGAGUGGUAAACCUUAUUCGUUCAAACGUUGGAAAAAAGUGGAACUGUUGGAUUUGACAAACAAGUUGAAGCUAGGGGAUAUUCCUACUAGUGUCAAGAAAGAUGAACUGAUUGAGCUUGUUGAGAACCACCUUUAUUCCAUGGAGGGGAGACUCGACGGGCUAGAGUACCCUGAGUUGAAAGCAUUUUACGAUAUCUACCCCUUUGAAAGUAGUAUGACAGAUGACACUGAGGCGGCUGGUGAUGUCAAAUUGGAGUCCGAUUUGAACUCGAAGAUGUUGGACUCAGGGGUAAACUCUGAGGGGGACGCGGAUGGGGACGUGGAUGCCAUGGACGGUAUGUCCGAGGUCACGUCCUCUUCCAACAACUUGGAUACGGACACGAAAAACUACAACAACUUGUAUUUUGGAGCCGACGGUACUGGAGAACAGGAAAGUGGAUUCCAAUUCAAGUUGCACGAAUGUUUCACUGAUAUUGUGGGUAAAACAAAGGAGUACAACGAAAACGUCCAGGAUUUCUUAUCCGAUUUGUCGACAAUAACGUUCCUUUUCUACCUGGUAGAAUUUGGGUUUCUGCUAUGUAAUACUAUCGACAACACCUCAUUUGUUGAAUACUCUGAUCUGUUCACGACUAUUGCCCUGUGGUGGCUCCUUUACGUUAUAAUCCCCGUUUUCACAAGCUACUACUUCAAUUUUGUGCGCUACGACUUCGAUAUUCAGUUUGACCCAAUGACGCUUAACAUCAUGAAGGCCUUUGUCUCUUUGGUGGUUUUGAAUUUGAAGAAAGCGGAAAAGCAACUGUCCUUCUUUGAAUUAGGAAUAUCCAAGAAAGAUUGUGUAUUGCAGCAUCUAAACUUGAUCGACGGUGCGCUAGGUCAAUUACCGUUGAUCUGUGCAAUCGCUGGGUGUGUGCUAGCAAUCUACGUGCUAUGA